CAUUUAAAAUUACAUUUGUCACAAAGACUUCGUCGAUCUGGUUAUGUUUGCAUUCUCCGGAUUCCGUAUGAUGUCACACAUUAGUUCGGAGAAGCAAUAUUCAUCGGAGCUACAAUUUGCUAUUUCUGACGCACUGUAACGAGAAAUGCGAUAAAUUCUUCAUUGAUAAAACAUUUCGAAGUGUUUACAACUAUUUACAAAAAGUAAAUACGUUGGAAAUAAUAAUAACAAUCAAAGUAUUCUGGUUUCAUCUAUGGUGACAUGUGCCAUUCACCACCUUCGCAGAUCGAUAUUUUUAAUAUAGAAACGUGAUAUCGAAGAAAACAUUAUCACUUACUCAUAUUUAUUUUAAUUAAUUAACUACUCCAGACUUUAUUUUUUUAUAAAAUCACAAACAGUUUUAUCUUCUAUAGAAAUGGCAUAUAUGAAAACAUUACCUUUAUUAGAUGGAGUGAAAGUAAUUCUUAUAGACGAAGAUCAAGAUGUAACACGUGCAACAGCAUUAAUAGCUGGAUGGGUGCAUAUGUGGAAAGAAAAAAAUUCCAAUUACAGUAUCGAUUUAUUAUCGUUUGUCCAUCCAAAAGCUUGGUAUGACAACGAAUCGGACCCACUUACAUCUACAAAUAUAAAUCUGCAUGAUUAUUUUAGUGUUCAGUCAACUGAAGAUGCUAAGAGAAAAGAUUUGGAAAAUCUUGAUAAUAUACUUAAGACAUUCAAAUUGAAACCUCAGAAUACUGUUAUCGUUAACUGCUUGAGUUCUUUGUUUCUAUAUGUAGGUGUAAGAAGGGCUCUACAGUUUGUAGAGAAAUUGAGUAAACAAGUAUCACAAUUAAUAUGUAUUUAUCGGGAGGAUUUUAUACAGACCAAAUUUCCUGGAAUUGAAACUUUUGGCACUACUUAUGUUAAACUAGAAGAGUACAUAGGAAACAAGCUUACAAACAAAUUAGUUUAUAAUGCAAAGCUUAUCCAUAGAAAACCAGGUGGUUCUGUGAUAUGUCAAACAGAGGUCAUAUGGCAGGAUAUUCAAUCUUAUCAGAUUAGUGCUGAAAAGAUUACAGUGCCAAGCAUUUGCAAGACAAAGAUAGAACCACCAAAAAUUGAAACAACAUUUAGGAUAGAACUGAAUGCUCAAGAAAAGGAGCAAAGAGACAAAACACCUUUACCUUAUACUGUGAGCGCGAAAAAUACAUCCAAGAUAUUUUAUCAACCAGAAGACAUAGAUGAUAUAGACGAAGAAGAUCCUGAUGAUGAUCUAUGUUUUUAAAUAUAUAGAAAUCAAAGAAUCUGGAUAUGUAUAUGAAGAGUAUAGUAAUAACAUAUUUUAUAUUAAACUUUGUUA